AUGGCCAGUCCUUCGCCCACCGUAUUUGCGCGGAAAUAUGGGCCCAAAAAUGGAACCCACCGGAGCGGCUUUACGCCUCUCGAAUAUCUAUUCCCCCGACAGAUUCCCGACUCAGAGAAACAGAGUAUUAGGGAUAGGGAAGAUUUCCAGCGUCGGGAGCUCUGCGGAUUUACCACACGAGAACUGGCCCAGCUCGAUGUGAUUAGCGACAGGGAAUUGAAGAAAGGCAAUUUAGAAAACUGUAUCCAUCCAUUACUGGCACGAGACCGAUGGGAGAACGAACCCCCUCAACCAUCUUUCACCAGAGACUACCUGUACCCCUUACAUAAUGAGAACGGCUUGUGGAGCUCAGACAAUCCUGAUGUCUGGAGAGUCCUAGAACCAUGUCUGAAGCUGGCAUCGCGAUUCCUUGUCUCGAUGCAUGCGUUACCAUGGUUUGACGCCCUCAUAAGAGGGGAACGGCGGCCUAUUCCGCAAGAGCGAUGCCCUCCUGGGAAAAGUCCUGAUGGGUUGUUUUCGUAUCAUACAGCACCCUCAAUGGAUCCAGAUAUGACUGCUCUUAUUCGUGAUCAAAUCUUUGAAUCUCUUCGUACAAGGUGGAAUCUGAGAUUCUGCUUUAUGUCAUCUGAUGAAGAUCCAAGAGGCCCAGAAGUUGAAGAUAGUGUUGGUGGUGAGUACGCUUUCACAGUCACAAAUGAUGAUGAGAUGAAGUAUGACCAAGAGAGCAAUCCUGUCUGGCGUAUCUUUAUUUUCAUAGAAUAUUCCGGAUUGGAAUCUUUGAUGAGAUCCGAUUUAACUUCAGCUGACCGCCUACUACUUGAAUGGGAAGUAGCCAAUACUGUAGUUCAUGAGGUCAUGCAUGCCGUUGCCAUUCCCCUAGACUUCAACAUAUGGAAAAGGAAAGAGCACUAUUUUGAACUCACCCCAUUAUCAGAAAUUGGAUAUGAUUUUGAAGUUUCUGUUUUCGGUGGAAGGACUUUCCCUAUGACUUCUGAGCCCGGAUAUCUGCCCCUUGCCUAUUGGCUUGAAACGAAAUAUCCUUGCUAUACAGAUGUAAAGUCGAAGUCUCCCCAUACAAUAACACUGGUCGGUCCGGCGCCGUUCGAUUACCAAAUUAGGUAUCCUGUGCCGGUGACUUUCUACCAGGAUCAACAGCAGGAGGAGUUUUGGAACAUAGUUGUAAGGACAUUUGGUUACGGCUUCCUUCAUUAUCGAUCUUUACGGGAAGGCUGUAGAGUGGACUACCAAGUUGACUUCGAUCACAAAAGACAGAGGUUCGCUUGGAAACAGGCCAGCAGCGACAGAGUAGCAGGAUGUUUACCAUUUGAAACGAGGUCUGAAACUUUCAGAGGCCACGUAUCAGAGCUUGAAAGAUUGUUGCAAAUGACACCAUAUCAGAGAAUUGGGAGGGACUUCGGGCAAGCAUUCCUGCGGAGCUUACGAGAGGAAGAUGCUUUCUGGACAAGUACUACUUUCCAAGAGGUCAGUGUGAAAGAAAUUAUCAAGCAGAUAACGCAGGUGCCGGCAAACAAGGAAGAAAAGGCUGAACUACUCGCAUCAUUGGCGGCUCUAAUCUCAGAAGCAGGGAAGUAUCACGAAGCCAUGAUUGUUUCAAUCAUAGCCUCAGAAGAAAUCGAGGGCUCGACCUACACAGACAGGAGGAGAAAUCUUCUUAUUUGGAAUAGGGGGACGAGAGACUUCGUCUGCAAAUUGCGCAGACUGAUAGAUGAAGAGAAUGAAUACACGGCAGCUCUGGAUAAGGAUCUGCUUGCCCUUGAGCUAUGUCGAAUGAAGCUGUGGUCUCCAAAACAUGGGAUUGAUAAUGUGGCAGACUUUGAUGAGUUUGCUGAACUGGAGACAGCUCGCGACACCCCUCAGAUGAGCAGGCAAAUCUGUACUCGACUUCUGGCUGAUGAUGGCAGUUCGAUAUUUGCCAGAUGCUGUGCAGAAAUCAUGAUCUGUGCUUUAGAUUGCAGUGUCUUGGAGGGCUGGGUUGAAAGACGCGAUGCACUUACUAAACACAUAGAAACGCUUUCGCGCUUUCAAAUCCUGAACAUACCAGAUUGGACAACCUGUAUUAUGCAAUGGGCGCAGCUUGCUGAGCAGGCAAGGGGACUCAUUGUCCAAUUCUGUCAAGCACCGGUUGAGCAAACUCUGGAAUGA